AUGGCCUCUUUGAACGGCUUCUCUUCUGGCAUGCAGAGUCACAUCUCGCCCAACAAAGCUUGGCGCAUCACGACCCGCAAGCUUCCCAUCCUCAAGGCAGACCCUAUCGAGGUUCUCAGCAACGAUAUUGGCAUUCCCAUUCCCGAGAUGAUAUUCGGUGACAACUUCGUCUCCAUCACGCAUAUUCCCUCAGACUGGACAAUCCACUUCAACGCUCGCGACGCUCUGGACGGAGUGAGUAAGACCGAGGAGGGGAUGCUACAGGUUGCUGUCGCAGAGGAGUGGAAGAAAGAGCGCAGUCAUCAAGAGGAAGUCAAGCAAGUCGUGAAGCCUUUUGAUUGGAGCUAUUCGACCGACUACAAGGGCACGACAGAAAAAGGCCAUGUCGUGAAGCACGGCGAGUGGAGACCCGCACAGGCAGGAGAGGAAGUGCGGACGGACCUGCUUAGUAGGCAGGAUCCCAUCGUCUUCUUCGAUGCGGUGGAUCUCUACGAAGAUGAGCUGGCAGACAACGGUAUCGGGUUACUCAAUAUCAAAGUACGAAUGAUGCCAGAGCGGCUCCUCCUACUCAGCCGCUUCUUUCUGCGCCUGGACGGCGUCAUCAUCCGGAUCAGAGACACGAGGGUGUACGUGGAGCACGCGGACAGGAAGGUGAUACGACAGUACACAGCGAAGGAGGAGAAGUACGAGGUCGUACAAGAAAAGCUGAAGAACGCAAGGGAGAACGUGACCGAGGCUUUGCGGGACCCGAACAAGAUUGCGCCUCUGCUGAGGACAAUUGAAGAUACUACAGAAGUAUUUGAGGUCUCAUGA